AUGAAGUUCACUGGCAUCAUCUCCGCCCUCUUCACCAUGGCCACUCUCGGCCAGGUCGCACAGGCUUCCCCCAUCGCCUGCACAAGUGGCAAACGUGAUGCCAUAUUACGUGGCGAGCUGCCCGCCGAGGCCUGCUGCCCCUAUGGCAUUUGCCGCAACGACGUUGUCGUCGCCAUGGCUGAGCGUAACCAGGACAUUGCCUCUGGCCUCCGGUAUAACACCGGCAAGAUCUAA